CUGCUGAGUGUUGACCCCCCCUGAAAUGCCUCCCAUAGCUUCUUCGUCCGGACGUGUAAUGUAAUCCUGAGGAAAGAAAAAUACUACUCUGGAGAGAAGCUCAGCUCCUGCUGCGCUUCGACCGCACAGAGCUCCGGCCCUUGAGCUUCGAUCAGGUGCUGAAGUUGCAUGGAAGAGGCGCGAUUUUGGUUGGUUGCUGCCGCGUGAGAGUGGGAAAAUAUGUGUGCGCCGCUGGAUUUGGCGAUUUUUUAUUGACCAGAGAUAAGUUUGAGAAGUGGCUGCUGUUUGGUUGGUGACGUAUUCUUCUGAGGAACUGAAGUAUUGAUUGAUAACGCGUGCGUAUGCUGGUCAAUAUCCCAAUUCUCCUUCUACUUGUUGGUCAACAUCCCAAGUUUCCAACUCUUCUUCUUCUUCCGGGAAUCCAUCCCGUAAGCCUUUCUACAGUUGCCGCCCGGCAUACUUCAGGCUAACCGCCGACGCCUGAAUCACCACCCGGCCACCCCACACACGUCGCCGGGCUUCGCGCUCCUGCUGUCUCCACCCCGUCCGCAGUUUCCGGAUUCGAACUGAGAGGGAAUUUAGAAGAUAUGGCAAAGUUUUGCUGCUUCGCUGCUGGUUGCUCCGAGCGGCACGCAUCAGCCACUUCUGGUAAAGGGAAAGGCUGUCAGGGCGAAGUCAAGGUUAGCUAUGGGUUUAGCCUUGUAAGAGGAAAGACAAAUCAUCCUAUGGAGGAUUUUCAUGUCGCAGAACUCACUGACGCAAAAGGAAAUGAGCUGGGUCUUUUUGCUAUUUUUGAUGGUCAUCUAGGAGAUACUGUUCCUGCAUACUUGCAGAAAAAUUUGUUUCCAAAUAUUUUGAACGAGGAAGAGAUUUGGACGCAUCCAGACAUAGCAAUCACAAAGGCUUAUGAAAAGACAGAUCAGUCUAUUCUCUCACAUACUCCUGAUUUGGGACCAGGUGGCUCAACUGCUGUAACUGCCAUCCUUAUAAACGGCAAGAAGUUGUGGGUAGCUAAUGUUGGGGAUUCUCGAGCUGUUCUUUUGAAAAGAGGUGAGGCCAUACAGAUGUCAAUUGACCAUGAUCCGAAUGUCGAGCGUGGCGCGAUUGAAAAUAGGGGUGGUUUUGUUUCAAACAUGCCAGGAGACGUUCCCAGAGUAUGUGGUCAGUUGGCUGUGUCCAGAGCUUUUGGAGACAGGAAUCUAAAAUCACUGUUGAAAUCAGAGCCUGAUGUAAAAGUUGAAGAUAUAGAUCACACUGCUGAGCUACUUGUCCUAGCGAGCGAUGGACUUUGGAAGGUAAUGAACAACCAGGAAGCUGUUGAUUUGGCAAAAAGGUUCAAGGAUCCACAAACAGCUGCCAAACAAUUAGUGGCUGAAUCGCGGAAAAGAGACAGUAAAGAUGACAUCUCAUGCAUUGUUGUUAGGUUCAAGAUGUAAAUUGGUUGCAGGCAACUCUUCAUUUGUCACCGGGAGCAAAAGAAAUUAUACAGCAAAACAUAGGCUGCCUUACAAGGAUAGUGGUAAUCCAAAAGAAUAAUUCCUGGGAUGUUGGUUGUAAAUGGUGCGUUUGCUCGAUUGUAAGUUCCUAUAUAAAUAUGCUAGAAUUCUUUGUUUGGUGAUUCAAAGGUACAUAGGGUAGGGUCCAAAGCUGUCUAAAAUGCUUUCUUCUGAGGUACUGGAAGAGUGGAAGUUUACUGUGCUCCAUUGUGAGAGUAGUCAUGUGGCUAUCUUCAUCUUGCAAGCUGGAUUAAAUUGUAAUCCUGAAUCAA